GUCGUCUUUCAUCUUUCACUCCUGCUUUUCAGAAGCGUAGGAUCUCCAUUCGCUUUCUCACAGUAAAGAGUACUGGAGCGCCCGAAUGAAGCGCUGCCGAUCGCUUAUUAUUUUUAUUUAACAUCCAAUUAUAUAUCAACGGGCCUUUAAGAGUUUCGGCUGAACACCGUGAUGAAUUUCUCCCUCCGUCACACAGGCGGGCGGACUGAAGCUCUGAUGCUCGUGCUAGCUUGAUCGCUGCUAACGGGCCUGAAAAACCCCGUUCUGAUCGUUACAGUCCAAUCCUAACAUCUGGCUGAGCUUUAAUCAGAUCCUCCAGCGGAGUAAAGGAGAGAAGAGAGGAUGGCUGGCCGUCUAAGCGCAGAGGAGGAGCAGGCCACUAAGCAAUUUUUGGAGGAGAUUAAUAAAUGGACGUCCCAGCAUGGCGUCUCGCCGUUAUCCUGGGACGUGGCGGUAAAAUUUCUGAUGGCCCGCAAGUUUGAUGUCCUGCGAGCCAUCGAGCUUUUCCACAGCUACAGGGAGACUCGUUUGAGAGAGGGAAUAGUCAAACUUCAGCCGCACGAGGAGCCGUUACGCUCUGAACUAUUGAGUGGGAAGUUCACUGUGUUGGGUGUCCGGGACCCGUCUGGAGCAUCCAUCGCCCUGUACACGGCUAAACUGCACCAUCCCAGUAAAACAGGGAAUCAUGUAGUUCUGCAGGCCCUGUUUUACCUUCUGGACCGAGCCGUGGAGAGUUUUGAGACUCAGAGGAACGGGCUGGUUUUCAUUUAUGACAUGGCUGGAUCCAACUACACAAACUUUGAACUUGACUUGAGCAAAAAGAUCCUUAACCUGCUCAAAGGUGCAUUCCCAGCACGGCUGAAGAAAGUGCUCAUCGUCGGAGCACCUGUGUGGUUUAGGGUGCCAUAUAACUUACUGAGCCUGUUACUGAAGGAGAAGCUCAGAGAAAGGGUUCAGAUGGUGAAGAUGGCCGACCUGCAGCAGCACCUCCCCAGAGACUGUUUACCUCAACACCUUGGCGGGUGUCUGCCUCUGGAUGUGCACAGCUGGAACCUGCAGCUGCUUUCUGAGCAGAAUGGCCGUGUGGACCCAGUGGAUGAGCUGGUGGGGAUUCCCCUGGAGAACACCUCCAUACACACACCUGGACCCGAGGGUAUGGGUCUGCCCGAGCUCAUGGCCCACCUGAACCGGGCUCAGCGCAGCGGAAUCUACCUGGAAUAUGAGGAGAUUCGCCGCGAACAGCCUCCAGGAACGUUUACCUGUGCAAUGGCUGUUCACAAUCAGGAACGGAAUCGCUAUGGCGACGUAUUGUGCCUUGAUCAAACCCGUGUGCAACUCAAACCAAGACGGAACGAGAGAUCAGACUACAUAAACGCCAGCUUCAUGGACGGAUAUAAACAGAAAAAUGCAUAUAUUGGAACUCAGGGUCCGCUGGAGAAAACCUACGGAGAUUUCUGGAGAAUGGUUUGGGAGCAAAGUGUGCUCGUCAUCGUCAUGACAACAAGGACACAAGAAGGAGGCCGAAGGAAGUGUGGACAGUACUGGCCCCAAGAGGAGUGUGGUCAGGAGGUGUACGGACACAUCGCUGUGGUCAAUCAUAGAGUAGACAACCAUGCGCAUUACAACCAAACCACAUUAGAGCUACACAACACAGAGACAUUUGAACAGAGGCAGGUGACUCACUUCCAGUUCCUUAGCUGGCCUGAUUAUGGGGUCCCGUCCUCCGCCGUGUCUCUGAUUGAAUUCCUAGGGGCCGUGAAGCAUCAGCACCAGUGUGCGGUCCAGGCUUUGGGGUCACAGUGGAAGGGUCACCCACUCGGGCCGCCCAUGGUGGUUCAUUGCAGUGCUGGAAUCGGCAGGACCGGUACAUUUUGUGCAUUGGAUAUCUGUCUGUCCCAGCUGCAGGAUGUUGGGACUCUAACCAUUUGUCAGACGGUGCGACGGAUGAGAACGCAGCGUGCCUUCAGCAUCCAAACACCCGAGCAGUACUAUUUCUGCCACACGGCAAUCCUCGAGCACGCCCACAGACAGGGCCUGCUCUCUGCCAAUCAAUGAGUAGCAGAGGCCACUCUUAGCCAAUCAGAGACAGACAGGGCCAUAUCUCAGCCAAUCAGUGAGAAACAGUGCCUGCUCUCGUCCAAUCAUUAAAGACAGGGCUUGCUUUCGUGCCUGUGGGCAGCCCAAUCACAGUCACUGGGUCUUCUUCCAUAGCCAUUCAACUGCCUGAUUUACCAUGACUGAUCCAGACUAAUUAUUUCAAUAUUAUCUUCUUUUAAAGAUUGGCAGCCUAUAUAGUAACCAUAAAUGACUCUGCUGUAAAAGGGGAUGCCUGUAAGUGUUCAGUGGUUUGGCUGUCAUUUAGUGUGCCUGUAAUGUUGUUAAAAUCUGUGCUGCAUAUUCUGUGACUGCAGUUUAUUCAGUGAACUUUGUCAAAAUGUACGUGUUUCACAAGAAGCUUCAAAUUUGCCCAAAUGUGAUUCAUGGCAAAAGCUGGAACUGGACGUACAUGAACUGUUAUUUUUCCUGAGAAGUUACUGUAAUAAUUACAAAAGAUAGAUAAAAACAUUUGCAUGUGACAGUUUGCAGACAGUCUGAAAGAACUAUUCUGGUUUUUGGUGUCUCAUUGUCAGACUGAUGUUUCAUUCUUGUUAUGACACCUCAUUGGUUCGUACUUGUGUGGAUCACUUUAAAACUUUUAAAGGGAUGGUUCACACAAAAAUGAAAUUUCUGUCACCAUUUUACACACCCUUAUGUCUUUCCAAACCUGGAUUCUUUCCAUGAAAUACAAAAUUCACUUUCAUUGUAUGGAAAAAAGAUGCAAUAUAGGUGAAUGGUGACUGAGGCAAACAUGCUUGUCUAACAUCUCAUUUUGUGUUCCAUGUAAGGGAGAAAGUCAUAUGGGUUUGCAAAAGCAUGAGGGUGAGUAAAUGAUGACAGAAGUUACAUUUUUGGUAACCCUUUGAGUCAUUUAAACUUUUAACUAGUUUUGUCUGUUAACAUUGUACUAAUAAAAUGUUUAAAGUUGUAUCUAAAACCUUAUAAUGUGCAUUUGAAUCACUUUUUAUUUUGUUGUGGGGUUAAGCAGACUUCGCUAUACUGAGUUCAUAUUGAAUUUGGACGUAGUGAAGCAACUCCCAAUGAUUCCAGGAUCUGCAGUCCUGCCUCAGUGGGCACAAAAUGUGACCAAUUUUAUUUUUCUAUUAUAACCAAGUUUUAUGUCAUUACUUAUUACUCUACUUCCAAAUAUAUAGAUAAAUUAUAUUUUCUUUUAUAUCCAAUUUUAUCUUUUCUUUCUUUUUUCUUCUUUUUUUUUUUUGCUUAUGUCAAUGAAAUUAAACUAACCCAAUAAUGUUAAUAUCAAUAUGUUUGCAGCAGUUCUAUUAGUGAUUGAGUACUUUGCUCUCUAGCUAAAGAGCCUUAAUCCGGACAUGUAUGUAUGGAUUGUGAGAGAUGGUUAUGUGGACGAUUUGUGCAGGGGGAUGCUUCCUUAGUGUCCCGUUCUCUCUCAGAAUCAACCUGUGCUCAAACUGCAAUGUUAUUUGAGCAAAACCAAAUCAAAAUCAUGUGUUUUAAAGUAUAAUAAA